CGAUUAUGGCCAUGGAACCCAUGCCGCCGGCACGGCUGCUGGCAUGUUCGUCGGAAAUGCCAAUGCACUUGGCCAGGCCACGGGCACCGCUGCCGGAAUGGCUCCCUACGCUCACCUGGCCGUCUACAAGGUGUGCACCGAGCUUGGAUGCUUCACCUCUGAUAUGCUCGCUGGUCUGGACAACGCCAUCAAGGAUGGCGUCGAUGUGCUCUCGCUCUCCCUCGGCGGAUACUCGCUCCCUUUCUUCGACGACGGCAUCGCCAUUGGCGCGUUCAGAGCGGUCGAGAAGGGCAUCUUUGUAAGCUGCGCGGCGGGCAACGAAGGCCCGUUCAAUGCCACGGUAUCGAACGAGGCUCCAUGGAUGCUGACGGUCGGCGCGAGCACCAUUGACAGGGAAAUUCGUGCGACUGUCAAGCUUGGCAAUGGCGUCGAGCUCAUCGGACAGUCCGCCUACCAACCAAGCGACUUCCUCCCCGCCGAUCUGCCUCUGGUGUAUCCCGGCCUCCAUGGAGGUUCCCGCGCGGCAGUCUGCAAGAGUGGCUCCCUCAAAGACAUCGACGUCAAAGGAAAGGUGGUGGUGUGCGACGCCGACGCCGACGUCGGCCGGGUGAAUCAGGGCCGGACCGUCAAGAGCGCCGGCGGGGCCGCCAUGAUACUAGCUAACAAAGAAGCCAGUGGAUUCACCACCAUGUCUGAUACCCACGUACUUCCAGCAGCUCAUGUAAGCUACUCCGAAGGACUCAAGAUGAAAUCAUACAUCAGUUCAGCUUCGGCUCCGACUGCCUCGAUCGCCUUCCAUGGUACGUUAAUCGGAACGUUUCCGGCUCCGGCGGUCGCUUCCCUCUCAGCCAGAGGACCCAGCCGGGCCGACCCCAACAUCCUGAAGCCGGACAUCGUCGGUCCGGGGGUGAACAUUUUGGCCGCAUGGCCUUUCCUGGUCGGGCCAUCCGGCAACGGGGCUGCCGCGUUUAACAUAAUCUCCGGCACCUCCAUGGCCACACCACACCUCAGUGGAAUAGCAGCGCUGCUAAAGAGCACCCACCCGGGGUGGUCGCCGGCCGCCAUCAAGUUGGCGAUCAUGACAACUGCCGACUUGACUGCAAAUGACAGCGAGCCGAUCCGCGACCAGAACAUGGAUGUCGCCGACUUCUACGCUGUAGGAUCCGGCCAUGUCAAUCCUUCAAGAGCCGCCAAUCCCGGCCUCAUCUACGACAUCGAUGCCGGCGAUUAUAUCGCGUAUCUCUGCGGGCUGCGGUACACCGAUGAACAAGUGAGCGCCGUCGUCAGCCGCGCGAUCAAAUGCUCCAGCAUCGAGAGCGUUUCCGGUGCCGAGCUGAACUACCCUUCGUUCACGGUGUUCCUGAAUGCGGAAAACAACUAUAAGCUGACGGUCACACGGACGGUGACCAAUGUUGGUGCGCCCAGGUCCACAUACGGGGUCCGGGUUAAGUCUCCAACGGGGGUUUCGGUGGCCGUGGAACCCAAAAGGCUCUCCUUCUCAAAGGCUAAUGAGACAGCACGGUACUCGGUUACCUUUUCCAGCAGCAGCGGAAGCAGAAGCAGCAUUAGCGAUGGAGCUGAAAAAGGGUUAUUGACAUGGGUUUCAUCUGAUAAAAUUACAAGAGUUGACAGUCCAAUCAUGGUGUCCAUCGUGUGAAAGGCUAAAAGAUUAAUGCUUGGGGGUUGGUAACUUUCUAUAAUUCUA